CAAUGGAUUACGACUUUAAAAUGAAAACUCAAAAGGAACGCACCAAAGUUGAAGAUCUCUUCAACUAUGAAGGUUGUAAAGUCGGCCGGGGUACUUAUGGUCAUGUUUACAAAGCCAAAUGGAAAGAGACAUCGGAUGGCAAGGAAUACGCCCUUAAGCAAAUCGAUGGUACCGGUCUGUCGAUGUCGGCAUGUCGUGAAAUCGCCUUGCUACGCGAAUUAAAACAUCAGAAUGUGAUCGCAUUGAUACGAGUAUUUUUGUCCCACACGGACCGUAAAGUGUUUUUGCUCAUCGACUAUGCUGAACAUGAUCUCUGGCAUAUUAUUAAAUUCCAUCGAGCAGCCAAGGCUGCUAAGAAGCAAGUGGUCGUACCAAGGGGAAUGGUGAAAAGUUUACUGUAUCAAAUAUUCGAUGGUAUCCAUUAUUUACACAGUAACUGGGUGUUACAUCGUGACUUGAAGCCAGCUAAUAUUUUGGUUAUGGGUGAUGGACCGGAAAGGGGUAGAGUAAAAAUUGCCGAUAUGGGUUUUGCGAGACUUUUCAAUGCUCCGUUGAAACCUUUGGCCGAUCUUGAUCCUGUGGUGGUAACAUUUUGGUAUCGUGCUCCAGAAUUAUUACUGGGAGCCAGACAUUAUACCAAGGCCAUUGAUAUUUGGGCUAUUGGUUGUAUUUUCGCUGAAUUGCUGACAUCUGAACCCAUUUUCCAUUGUCGCCAAGAGGAUAUUAAGACUAGCAAUCCCUAUCAUCACGAUCAAUUGGAUAGAAUAUUCAAUGUUAUGGGUUUCCCUCAGGAUAAAGACUGGGAGGAUAUUAAGAAAAUGCCUGAACAUCACACCCUGACCAAAGACUUUAAACGUUCAUCGUAUUCCACGUGUUCCUUGGCCAAAUAUAUGGACCGUCAUAAAAUAAAGCCGGAUAGUAAAGCAUUUCUUCUACUUCAAAAACUGUUGCUGAUGGAUCCCAAUAAACGCAUCACAUCAGAAAUGGCCAUGCAAGAUCCAUAUUUCCUAGAAGAACCAUUACCAACCCAAGAUGUUUUUGCCGGUUGUCCAAUUCCAUAUCCAAAGCGGGAGUUUUUAACAGAUGAUGAUCAGGAAGAUAAAUCGGAUACAAAACGUCAACAGCAGCAGCAACAGGCUGCAGCACAACAACAUCAACAACAACAGCAGCAACAACAGGCCCAGCAACAACAACAGCAAUCGCAGCUACAGGCUCAGGCUCAACAACAACAACAAGCUCAACAGCAGCAGCAGCAACAACAACAGCAACAUAGUCAUGAACCGAAUUCGAAGAGGGUACGACUAUCUGGUCCUGGUGGUGGUCCACAGCCAAAUCAACAGGUGGUGCAUCCAGGACAACAACAGCAACAAGAUUUCCAUCAGCAACAAGUUGCAGCUGCAGCUGCUGCCGCUCAACAACAACAACAGCAGCAGCAACAAGCAGCCGCUGCUGCCCAACAAAUGAUGUUCAAUCAACAGCAACAGAAUUUCCAGCAACGUUUCUAA